GCUUAUAAAAUCAAAACAUUAGAGCACCGAAUAUGUAUAUCGAUUGAUUUUUUAACGUGUUUAUUACAAAACGGGAAAAUCCACAAAUACGAAAUUUAAUAAGAACUAAUUUUCAUAGCUCGUUAUAUGCGUUGUUGGAAUAAGGCAAUUUUCCUACCUCUACAAGUCUGAUUGUGUGCUGUUAAACGUCAUGUCCGCAUGUCAAUCACAAUAUGUCAUGUACCGUAGUGUUUUUAAACAUGUUUUAUACCUAGUACCGUACUUACUCUUUGUCAAUCACUAGGUUACCGUGGCAGCAGACGCGCGCUCUAUUUGAAUUUUAUUAACUACAUUUUUAUAAAUAUUAAAGGAAACCUCUACUUAUUUAACAUGUAAAACAUCUGUAAAUAUUUUGAAUAUCUGUUAAAUUUUUUCGGACUAGUUUUUUUUUUCAAAAUUAAAUAGUUAUGUGUUUAAAAUCUGCAAGAAAUAAAAUAUAAGAUCGUGAAAAUGGGUUCCUCGCAGAAAGAUAUUGAAUUGAGUCCGGUUCGAGGUGAAGCAAAGUCCCUGCCCGCAGAUAAGCUGAACACCCAGGUACACGAUGAAGAAGAUGUGAUAAUUGGUAGAUUUCGAAAGAUAAGCUCAGCCAAGUCUAUGGCAGCAACAAACGGGAAUAUUCAGUAUCCCUCAGAGAGUCCUUUGCGAUCUGAUGAUGUUGAGGCAGGACUACAUUUUAAUACUAAAGAGCCGUGUGAGAAGAACAAAUUGCUUGAUUCUGCGAACCUAGAGUUGGUGUCUCCUAAAUGUUCAUUAACGAAAAGUAGUUUUAGAGAUGUGGAGAAACCUUCGCGGUUUAAAGAUCAGCCGUCGGCUACUCGAUUUCAGAUGGGAUACAAUAAAGAAGAGGACGAGGGCACGGAUGACUCCGAUCCGUCGGCUAUGGACAGCGACGAUCCACUUACCGUAUCCGAUACGAAGUACGGGAAAAGUUUUAGACAUUUUACACGUGAAGCUCUACCUAGAUUGGACAAUUACAGAAAUGUUUUGUCUAUACAUGCCGCCCAUCGACCAACUUUAGAUGAGCUUCACAACGCUUCAUUGUCUAGGAAGUCCGGACAUACUUUAGAGAAAGACGUGGAGUCUCCGACUGUGACGUCAUCGAAUUUAAAGUUCGGAUGGAUCAAGGGCGUGCUAAUGCGGUGCCUCCUGAACAUAUGGGGCGUGAUGCUGUUCUUGAGGCUAUCUUGGGUCGUGGGACAAGCUGGAGUCGCGCAGUCUGUUCUCUUGAUCCUCACGACAUCAGUGGUGACCACUAUAACGGCCCUGUCAAUGUCAGCGAUCUGUACCAAUGGUGUUAUUAAAGGGGGUGGCACAUAUUACAUGAUAUCUCGCUCAUUGGGCCCAGAGUUCGGUGGUUCUAUAGGUCUCAUAUUCUCCGUGGCUAAUGCGGUGGCGUGCGCCAUGUACAUUGUCGGCUUCGGGGAAGCUCUGAUGUCUCUCAUACCAGAAUCUGCUUAUAUGGUCAGCAAAAGUUGGGAUCAAGCAAUAUACGGGUGCAUAACGGUGGUAGUGUUGACCGGUAUCGUGAUAGUCGGGAUGGAGUGGGAGGCCAAAGCACAGAUAGUGCUGCUCAUCAUUCUGCUGGUGGCCAUCGCGGACUUCUGCGUCGGCUCUAUCAUUGGCCCAAAGAGCGACGAGGAGGCCGCCCGUGGCUUCGUCGGAUAUAGCAUGGAGGUGCUGUGGCAGAACAUGGGCCCCGACUACAGAUAUUACGAGGGCGUCCAUCACAACUUCUUCUCGGUAUUCUCCAUAUUCUUCCCGGCCGCUACCGGGAUAUUAGCCGGCGCCAACAUUUCGGGAGAUUUGAAGGACCCUCAGAAGUCGAUUCCGAAGGGCACGCUGCUCGCCAUCCUGCUGACGACGCUGUCGUACCUGCUGAUAGCGGUGGUGUCGGGCUGGUCGGUGCUGCGGGACGCGUCGGGGGACGUGGCCGACCUGGCCGCCGGCUCGCUGGCCGCCUGCGUCCAUAACGGUACCUGCGCGUACGGUCUGCAGAACGACUACCAUGUGGUGCGGCUGGUGUCAGCCUUCGGUCCACUCAUUCACGGAGGUUGCUUCGCGGCCGCGCUCUCCUCCGCGCUGGCCUCUCUGGUCUCCGCUCCGAAGGUCUUCCAGGCGCUGUGUCAGGACAAGCUGUACCCCUAUAUCGAGUUCUUCGCUAAGGGCUACGGACCCAACAACGAGCCCGUGCGAGGGUACGUGCUGACCUUCGUCAUCGCCACCACCUUCAUACUCCUGGGCGGCCUGAACCAGAUAGCCCCGCUGAUAUCGAACUUCUUCCUGGCGGCCUACACGCUCAUCAACUUCUCCACGUUCCACGCGAGCCUCGCCAGGCCCGUCGGCUGGAGACCCACCUUCAGGUUUUACAACAUGUGGCUGUCGCUGCUGGGCUCGGUGCUGUGCGUGGUCAUCAUGUUCGUGGUGUCGUGGAGCCAGGCGCUCGGCACCUUCGCCUUCCUGCUCGCCCUCUACCUGCUCGUGUCCUACAGGAAGCCAGACGUGAACUGGGGCUCCACGACGCAGGCGCAGACGUACAAGACGGCGCUGGCCGGCGUGCAGCUGCUCAACGGGAUCGACGAGCACGUCAAGAACUACAGGCCGCAAGUCCUGGUGCUGACGGGGUUCCCGGGGGAGCGGCCGCUGCUCACGGACUUCACGUACCUGCUGACCAAGGGACUGUCGCUGAUGCUGUGCGGACAGAUCGUUCAAGGUCCGGUGAGCCAGCCGACGCGCGAGGCCCUCAGCAAGCGAGCGUACGGCUGGUUCCAGCGCCGGAAGAUCAAGGCCUUCUACACCCUGGUCGAUGACGUCAGCUUCAAGGACGGCGCCAGCGCGCUGGUGCAGAGCAGCGGGCUCGGGAAGCUCACCCCCAACAUCCUCAUGAUGGGCUUCAAGCAGGACUGGCGCACGUGCAGCAGGCAACACCUGGUGGACUACGUCGAGGUCAUGCAUAAAGCGUUGGACGUGCACAUGGCGCUCGCGAUACUGCGCAUCGAGGGCGGACAGUACAGCAGCGAGGCGCUCGACGAAGACCUCCAGAUCUACCUCAAUGACCUCAACGCUAACGGCGUGGCGGGAAUAUCGCGUUCCAUGGGAGAUACAUACAAAGCAACGAAGUCUACGGAGAGCCUCAACACUCAGUCCGAAGGCAGCACGUCUGACUUGUCGGUGGGGUCGCCACAGCUGCGACGCGCCGUCUCGCAGGACCCCGGCGCAGACCCGGACAAGGAGCAAGUCAAAAUUAAAAAAAGCGGCAAAGGAAGUAAAGGUCUAAGUUACGCUGUGCGGAGGGCUCUAGGGUCUGCGGUGGCUCGCAGGGCGUCCUCGUUCACUUCAGUGGAACAAUUCACGAGGAGGCAGGCCGGGACCGUCGACGUUUGGUGGCUCUAUGACGACGGAGGUCUGACCCUGUUGCUGCCGUACAUCCUGUCCACCAGACGCGCCUGGUCUUCCAGCCCGCUGCGGAUAUUCACGCUCGCCAACAAGAACACGGAGCUGGAGAUCGAAGAAAGGAACAUGGCGUCCCUGCUGUCCAAGUUCCGCAUCGACUACUCGGCGCUGACGGUGGUGGCGGACAUCACGCGGCGCCCCCGGGACUCCACGCUGGACUACUUCGACCAGCUCAUCGCGCCCUUCAUGGUGCCGGAAGACGCCAACCAUACGGCGGGUGUGACGGCGGGAGUGACUGCGGGCGACCUGGCGGCGGCCCGCGAGCGCACGCACCGGCACCUGCGGCUGCGCGAGCUCAUCGGGGAGCGGUCCCGGGGCGCGCGGCUGGUGUGCGCCACGCUGCCCAUGCCGCGCCGCCGCAGCGUGGUGCCGCCGCCGCUCUACGCCGCCUGGCUGCACGCCAUCGCCUCCGCCGCCGACAACACGCUGCUCGUGCGCGGCAACCACGAGCCCGUGCUCACCUUCUACUCCUGACCACCCUCCCAACACCCUCCCAACACCCCACCCAUCUAACCAAUAGCUUCAAUCUCUUUCAGAUAAGUCUGUGGGUAGUUUGUAGUUUGUAAAUACAUACAUUGGAAUCUAAGGGAUUUAUUUAAUGAAAAUAAAUAAUAAUUUAAAAAAAAAAUAACAAAAAAGGUACGAUUUUAUAGAAAAUCCAACUAAAAACUAGGAAAAUAAAUUUUAAUAAAUUUGAAUUAAAAAUAGUGUAAGAAAAAAAUUAUUUUAUUGUAUAAAAAAAAGCGUGGGGUGCUUUUCAGGAUAUUAUCAAAAUAAACCUACUCAUAUUUGUCCAUAAAAUAUUUAUAACUACUGAUACCAUACACCCCAUGCUUUUUUUUAUAAUAAAUAAUAGUUUUUUUUAAACCAUUACUUAUAUAUAUUUAAUUUUUUAGUUGAAUUUCAAUUUUUUCAAUAUAUUUUUUAAAUAUUGUAUUGUCAUCGGUCCUUAAUAAUGAAUACCAAAUUUCGAGUUAAUCCGCCGUUUUGAAGGUGGUCAAAAUCAUGUUCAAAGAUUCCGUUACAUACUAACAGACAUACGUCUGAAGCUAAUAAAAGUGUAAUAAUUAUCUUAGAAACAGUUACACGAUAUCCAUAAUGUAAUGUUAAUGAUAGUCCAGACUACGUGCGACUUUAGGGUACUUCCCGCCGUCCUGACUUUUGUCGUGAUGACAUACUCCUCCAGUCCGAGACUACCCACAACGUCUAGCUGUAGACGCCCAACGAGCCCAUGGACAUCAGGUGGAAGGCGAAGUUCGAUAGAAUAUUGCCUUGUGGCAGAAAUAGACAACAUAUUCAUGCACAUAAGGCCUUCCUUCAGUACUGAAGAAGUAAGAGGAAUAGAAGUAGGACAGGAUAUUUACUGAUACGAACAUGUGGUGGAGAAAGCAUUUUCAAUUUGAAGUCGUGUAAGAUAAAGUACUCAUGAGUGCUCACGGUCAUCGUCCUGAUCCCGAUUUUAACUUAGACGUCGUAUUACUGUAAAGCAGAAACGGUUAAUCAGUGUAAUAGUAAUAAUGAAAUAUAUUUUCGUAAGAUUUUACAAGAUUUCUCUAAACUAUUUCAAUAUUAUACACAUUUAAAUAUUUUGUGAAUGUAUAUGUAUUUAAUUAUAUGUGAGGUAUUUAAUAAUUGUACGCCUAUUUAUACAUACUAGACAUCCCGCAGUAGUCGAAAUUCGACUAUAAUUAAUUGGAAUUGUAAGUUUGUAAACUAUUAUGAUUGUAUUUUAUACUUCUAUAAUCACAAAUUUCGCCAAGACUACACUAUAAAAAUAUUAACAAAGAGAAACAAUAUUUAAUCUAUUCUCAAUUUGUCAACAGACGUCAAGAACAAAAGCUUGACAAUAAAUAUAGUAUGCAUGCGUGUGUGCGUCAAAUACAUGGUAUGUAGUGUGUGUAAUGUUUUCUUUAUUGAUUUAAUGCAUCGUUUAUGCAUGAUUUAAAAAAAAUAUUAGUAUUGUGCACUUCUUCUCUAUAUUCUCUAUAGGUGUGGAAAAUUUCAUACUCCUCCGUCCGCGCAAUUUUCGUAAAAAGGGAUACAAAGUUUUUGCUUCACGUAUUAAUAUAUAGAUGUGAUGUGUUUAAUAAUUGUGCACUUAUUUAUACAUAUGUAUACGUUUUUGUGAGUUCUCACACGUGAUCAGCAGUGCAAUUUUCUAAUCGAUUAUACAAAUUACAUGAAGAAAGCUUACAUUAAUUUAUUAUAAAAUAAUAUCAAUCUCGAAUUUCUUGACUCGCUGUAACAUAAUUAUACUGUAAAUUUUGAUUUAACUUAACUUAUUAUAGUGAUGUUGUAAUAUAUUUAAAUAAAUAUUUAUUUAUAUAAAUAUUAACGGGUCAAAGUCUAUUUGGUUUAAGCGAUAUUUUUGCAACUUUACAAGAACUUUACAUUAGAGCCAUUUAAAGUUUAAAAACCUAAUGACCUUUGACCUCUAGAUGUGUAAUAAGUCGUGUGCAAUGAAAGAUCUGUGCUUUUAAAAGUUAAAAGGUACAUUUUUCAAUGCAAACCUGCAAAGUCAACCAGAAGGUGCAGUGAAAGCUCAGGUCUUCAAGCCAAACUUUUGUUAUUAUUAUAAUUUUAACAUGUCGGUUAUGGUUACAUUGGAAAAUGGAAUAAUAAUUACGAUUCUACGGUGACGUAUUUAAAUCGAUUUAAUGUUAGAUCUUUUAGAAUCGAUACAAUUUACUAGACAGUGGAUCGCGUGACGCUUAUUUUUCAUAAAUGGCCAAACGAAGUCGACUGAACCCAACUUAAUAUAUCAUCGUUGUUAAACCAACAUCUGCUAUGUGCAUUUUUUGAGAUUUUUACUUUGACCUUUUCAUAUAGUUCACAGCCCUAUUUAGCGUAUAAAAAAAACUGUUAUUUGUCUAUAUCUUUAAUAUUUAUCUAUAGCUUUCAUUUGAUAUAGUUCUUAAAAAUUCACCUUAUUAUCACAUUUUAUAAGAAAAUGUUUUUACUCGUUAAUUCAAAAUAGAGUUUUUGCACAUAGCAGAUUAUGGUUUGACAGCGACGAUAUGUCAUUUGUGAUCAAAAUAAGCAUCGUGACAACCCUUGGUCACUAGCGCACAACGAUUACCCACAUGUGACGUGGCGCGCUGUGAUUGGUGUUCAGUUUGACGUAAAUUGUUUUGACGUUUAUUUCGAAGUAUCUCAAUAUUAAAUCGACUUGAAUCGGCAUGCGUAACUAAAGUAUUGAAUCUAAAUUAAAUUAGAAAUCUUAUUAAUUAAGUGCAAUAUGUUUUAGGUUUUAAACAAUAAACAUGACAACUGGUAAUCGAAUUUAAAAUAUAUAUAGUGAGAAGUG